AUGGCCAACGUGUACCUGCUUCCUUCGGGGCGUAUUCACCAAAGUAUGCUGACAGGCAUCGCGGGGGAACCGAUCACAGGCCGAACGGCGGAGGAGCUGAGCAGCUGGCAAACGCGGCUCGAGGAUGAGCGGCACGAACUGAGGCGGAGGCAGCGGCGCGGCGACAGGAGCGCCAAGACGGCCGAGAUGCUCCAGGAGGUGGAUCUCAACCUCGACAUCGCCUGCAUCGAUCGCAAGCUCGAGGGGCUGCCGAAGAAGGGCGCCGGCGGAGCAGACGAGCGGAAGCGGGUUGACGAGCUCAACGACGACCGCGACCUCGCCGGCCUGCAGCUCGACUUGUUCCACAGGGAGAAGGCCCUCCGCGCCAGCCCCGGCUCUGAGGACCUCAGGAAGCAGGUCGAGAAUGUCAAGUACGAGAUCCAGGUGCUCGACAAGGCCAUCGAGGCUAAGAACAGGCCCUGA